AUCUUUUCAAAUAUGAAUGUUGAAAAAAAUAUUUAGCAGUGUUACAGGGCCUUUAGGUAUUCUGAAUUGAUGUGUUUUAAAAUGCAAAACUGACUUCAUAAUCAGCAUUAGAAAAGACCAAUUCGAUGACAAUCUUCAACGUUUCUUAAGUUCAUGACUAUCUUUACUAAAAAGGAACUCAGCCAGUUUUGUAAACAAGUUGUUACCAAAAUGUAAACAAAAAACGUUUUGACGAAUCUGCCUGGUGAUUACAAAAUGUUUACUGUUUUGUGUUAUCUUUUGCUAUUACGAAUGAUAGUGAAUUUUCCAUUAGCAUGUAGUUUUUCAAAUGUCAUUAUUUAGAAUUUAAAUGUGGCUUUGAACUAGAGUGUUUUCAAUUCUGCAAGAAUAUGACUUUAGAUGGGGACGACCGGGUCGGUGAAAUUCAGCAACAAACUCCGCUUAGGGAGAACUUGGUAAACACGGCGGUGGCGUUCCUGCGCAACCCCGCGGUGCAGAGGAGUCCUCACAGCCGCCAGCACGCCUUCCUCAAGGGCAAGGGUCUGUCGGACCAGGAGGUGGCGGCCGCCUUCCAGCGCUCGCAGCGGGACGCCUUCCAGGCCCAGGCGCAGCUGCCAGCCUCCCUGUCGCCGGUCGCACUGCCUGCGCUCUCGCCGUGGUCCAGGUUCAGGGACGUGGGCAACACAGCCGCCCUGCUGGCGGGCCUAGUGUACGCGGUCUACGUGCUGUACAAGCGCUACGUGGAGCACCGCCUGUUCUCGACGGAGCCGCGCAAGAGCAGCGCCCGGCUGCUGGACGAGCUGAGGACGGAGCUGCUGGGGGCCGUGGAGGGGCUGCGCAGCGAGCUGGUACGUGUCGGCACGGAGCUGGCCGGCGUGCAGCAGCAGUCCGACGACCUGAGGAGCCUGCGCAGCGAGGUGGCCUCGCUCAAGGCCCUGUUGCUCAGCAGGAACCAGUUCCCGGCGGUGAGCUCCGCCCCCUCCAUCCCCGCCUGGCAGCUGCAGGAGCGCGAUGAGAAGGCCAGCGGCGAGAGCGGCUCGGGCUCCAGCGAGCCGGAGCUCGUCACCAAGAAUGACAGCAGCGACAGCAGCGUGGACUUGCUGCGGGACUGAGCUGUGCCAGCGGUGUAUUUAUAUCAUUGAUAUUCCUGGUGAGGCACAUUAUUUUUAUACUCGUGAGACAACCUGUGUUCAAGAAUACCUAAAUGGCAAAUUAAAUAUUUAAAAAAAACUGGUGAAAAAAAA